GUGUAAUGAGUUUUUAAAGUUUGGGAAGUACAAUGGAAUACUACUCAGUGAUGAAAAAGAAUCAAAUCUUGCCAUUUGCAACAACGUGGAUGGAACUACAGUGUAUUAUGUUAAGAGAAAUAAGUCAUCAGGGCACCUGGGUGGCUCGAUCGGUUGAGCGUCCAACUUCGGCUCAGGUCAUGAUCUCGCGGUCUGUGAGUUCAAGCCCCGCAUCGGGCUCUGUGCUGACAGCUCAGAGCCUGGAGCCUGUUUCAGAUUCUGUGUCUCCCUCUCUCUCUGCCCCUCCCCUGUUCACGCUCUGUCUCUCUCUGUCUCAAAAAUAAACGUUAAGGACUGUUGGUCUGCGGUGCGUUCAGGUCCCCGGCUCUUCGGUGGCUCCCGUGCUCUGCUUCUCCCCGUUGAGCUGCUGCCUGGUGAAGAGGAAGCCAUGGCGCUCCGGGUCACCAGGAACACGAAAGUUAAUGUUGAAAAUAAGGCAAAGAUCAGUAUGGCAGGCGCAAAGCGCGUGCCUCUGGCCACUGUUGCAGCCUCCAAGCCGGGACUGAGGCCAAGAACAGCCCUCGGAGACAUUGGUAACAAAGUCAGUGAACAGCCACAAGCCAAAUUGCCUCUGAAAAAGGAAGCAAAAACUUUGGCUCCUGGAAAAGUUAUUGCUAAAAAAAUACCAAAACCUCUGGACAAAGCACCCGAGCCUGUGUCUGUACCUGUGCCAGAACCAGAGCCAGAACAUGAGCCUGUUAAAAAAGAAAAGCUUUCUCCGGAGCCUAUUUUGGUUGAUACUCCGUCUCCAAGCCCAAUGGAAACGUCUGGAUGUGCCCCUGCAGAAGAAUAUCUGUGUCAGGCUUUCUCUGAUGUAAUUCUUGCAGUGAACGAUGUGGAUGCAGAAGAUGGAGCUGAUCCAAACCUUUGUAGUGAAUAUGUGAAAGAUAUUUAUGCUUAUCUGAGACAACUUGAGGAAGAGCAAGCAGUAAGACCAAAAUACCUACUGGGUCGUGAAGUCACUGGAAACAUGAGAGCCAUCCUAAUUGACUGGCUAGUACAGGUUCAAAUGAAAUUCAGGUUACUGCAGGAGACCAUGUACAUGACUGUUUCCAUUAUUGAUCGGUUCAUGCAGAAUAAUUGUGUACCCAAGAAGAUGCUGCAGCUGGUUGGUGUCACUGCCAUGUUUAUUGCAAGUAAAUACGAAGAAAUGUACCCUCCAGAAAUUGGUGACUUUGCCUUUGUGACUGACAACACUUACACCAAACACCAAAUCAGACAGAUGGAAAUGAAGAUUCUAAGAUCUUUAAAUUUUGGUCUGGGCCGCCCUCUACCCCUGCAUUUCCUUCGGAGAGCAUCUAAGAUUGGAGAGGUUGAUGUUGAGCAACAUACUUUGGCCAAAUACCUGAUGGAGCUAACUAUGCUGGAUUACGAUAUGGUGUACUUUCCUCCUUCUCAGAUUGCAGCAGGAGCUUUUUGCCUAGCACUAAAAAUUCUUGACAACGGUGAAUGGACACCAACUUUACAGCAUUACCUGUCAUACACUGAAGAAUCCCUUCUAAAUGUUAUGCAACACCUGGCUAAGAAUAUAGUCAUGGUGAAUCGUGGGCUUACAAAGCACAUGACUAUCAAGAACAAGUAUGCCACAUCUAAGCAUGCUAAGAUCAGCACUCUAGCACAACUAAAUUCUGCACUAGUUCAAGAUUUAGCCAAGGCUGUGGCAAAGGUGUAACUUGUAAACUUGAGUUGGAGUACUAUAAUAACUACAAAUAAAAUUGGCACCAUGUGCCAUCUGUA